ACAUAUUGGUCACACUUCACGCAUUUCAAGACAACAUAACCUAUAAUUAUUUUAAGCGGGAAGAAACUGAAAUAUCUUGUUUGGAGUCCGUUUGUUUACAGCAAAAUGGCAACAAAACGCAAUCUUCCGCCUCCGAAUUCAUCAGGGAAGAGGUUCAAGAACGACAAAAUUUUUCGCCCCCCAGUUGGCGAUUUAAACCCCACUGAUGAUGCACUAAUUUUUCAAGAAUUAGAGUUGGAUCAUUACAUUUCAGCCCCUUAUCCUGGAAUGCCAGGGGCUCAAACUGGUACUGUUCCUGUGAUUCGAAUGUUUGGUAUUACAAAAGUGGGCAAUAGUGUGUGUUGUCAUAUUCAUGGUUUUUCUCCAUACUUUUACAUUAAUCUGCCGAAUGAUUUUACACAAGCGGAUUUGUCCCGUUUCAAGGAAAAGUUAAAUGAAGCUGUGGUAAGCGAUAUGCGCUCAAACCGUGACAACAUAACCGAAGCAGUUUUAAUGGUGGAACUGGUUAGAGGAAAAUCUCUCGUAGAGUAUCAAGGAGAGGACGACAACAACUUUGCUAAAAUAACCCUAGCCUUACCGAAAUUUAUUGCUGCAUCUAAACGUCUCCUAAGCACUACAGUCGUCUAUCAACCGCUUGCCCAUCACACGUUUCAUUUCUUUGAAGCAAAUGUGGAUAUUGAAACGCGUUUUAUGGUUGAUACGAAUAUUUUGGGUUGUUGCUGGAUUGAGUUGCCAGCAGGCAAAUGGUUCAAACGACCAGAAAAUAAGUUCCCUGUAACUUCACGUUGCCAAAUAGAAGUGGACAUCUCAUGGACUGACUUUAUUUCACAUUCACCAGAAGGUGAAUGGUCACCAGUGGCUCGAUUUCGUAUUCAUAGUUUCGAUAUUGAAUGUGCUGGAAGAAAAGGGAUUUUUCCGGAGCCGAACGUUGAUCCCAUUAUUCAAAUUGCCAACGUGAUUAAGUUACAUGGUGACGAGGAUGUGGUUACUCGAAAUAUUUUCACUUUAAACAGUUGCGCACCCAUAGGACAUGCUGAGGUUCGUAGUUUCGACACCGAAGCGGAAAUGUUGGAGGAAUGGGCGGAAUUUGUAAGAGAAACAGAUCCAGACAUAUUCACCGGUUACAACAUAAAUAACUUUGACUUUCCGUAUCUGAUUGAACGUGCAAAUCACUUGAAAUUAAAGCGUUUCGAUUAUUUGGGACGUAUUCUUGACAUUAGGUCUAGCAUAAAAGAAACAGUCACGCAAACAAAAAUCGGUAAAAGAACAUUCAAGUCGAUUAAUUUUGAAGGACGCGUAGCAUAUGAUAUGUUAAUGGUAAUUAAGCGCGAUUUUAAGCUUCGAUCAUAUACGUUAAACAGCGUUUCUCAAGAAAUAUUAGGAGAGCAGAAGGAAGAUGUACAUUAUAGUGUUAUUACGGAUUUGCAAAACGGCGACGAACAGACAAGAAGAAGACUUGCAGUGUACUGUUUAAAAGAUGCGGAUUUACCAGUUAGAAUACUGAGUACAGUUCGAAGUUUUACCAAUGAUGUCGAAAUGGCAAGAGUCACCGGUGUACCUAUAACUAGCUUGUUGACAAAAGGGGAGCAAGUUAAAGUUGUGGCCCAAUUAUUGAAACAUGCUCGAGCUGCUGGAUAUUUCAUGCCAACACAUCAAGGAGCACCUUCUUCUGAACAGUAUGAAGGAGCUACAGUUAUAGAACCGAGACGAGGUUACUACACUGAUCCAAUAGCCACUCUUGAUUUCAGUUCUCUAUAUCCCAGUAUUAUGAUAGCACAUAAUUUGUGUUAUACGACUUUGAUUAAACCCAGUAUCAAAGAAAAGCUCUGUUUAAGUGACGAGCAAGUUACAACCACUCCAGCAAAUUGUAUGUUUGUGAAGUCAUCGGUUAGACCCGGUUUGUUACCACACAUCUUGCAACAUCUUCUUGCAGCGCGUAAAAAAACCAAAGCUGAGUUAAAGGAAGCAACAGAUCCUGUUGUAAGAGCCGUUUUGGACGGUCGGCAAUUGGCUUACAAAAUUUCAGCUAACUCGGUUUAUGGUUUUACGGGAGCUCAAGUCGGAAAAUUGCCUUGUUUGGAAAUUUCAAGUAGUGUAACUGCUUAUGGUCGAACAAUGAUUGAACAGACGAAACAAGAAGUUGAACAACAUUAUCGCAUUGAAAAUGGUUACGAAUCCGAUGCGAUGGUUAUUUAUGGGGACACUGACUCGGUUAUGGUUAACUUCCGAGUGAAGUCUUUAGAAAGAAGUAUGGAGCUGGGGAGGGAAGCAGCUGAUUUGAUAAGUGCCAAGUUUAUAAAGCCCAUCAAGUUAGAAUUUGAAAAGGUUUAUUGGCCAUACUUAUUGAUUAAUAAAAAGCGUUAUGCUGGAUUGUAUUUUACAAAACCGGAUAAAUACGACAAAAUGGAUUGCAAAGGUAUUGAAACCGUACGAAGGGAUAAUUGUACAUUGGUUGUUGAUGUAAUUAAUUCGUGUCUGCGAAAACUUCUGAUUGAUAAAGAUCCAGAUGGUGCUGUUAAUUACGCCAAAAAAGUUAUUUCGGAUUUGCUCCAAAACAAUGUAGAUAUUUCUCAAUUGGUGAUUACGAAAGAACUUACAAAAAAUGAUUACGCUGCCAAACAGGCACAUGUUGAAUUAUCGAAAAAAAUGACUAAACGAGAUCCUGGAAAUGCUCCUAAAUUGGGAGAUCGCAUACCUUAUGUUAUAAUUGCAGGAACGAAGAAUUCCAAAGCUUUUGAAAAAGCAGAGGAUCCUAUCUACGUUUUGGAGAACAACAUUCCAAUUGAUUCGCAGUAUUACUUGCAAAAUCAAUUGUCUAAACCUUUGAUUCGCAUUUUUCAACCGAUUUUGGGAGACAGUGCUGAGUCAAUUUUGCUACGGGGUGAACACACACGGACUAAAACAAUGGUCACUUCUCGAGUGGGUGCUUUAUCAGCAUUUACUAAAAAGAAAGAGACUUGUCUGGGGUGUCGUUCGGUUUUACCAGCUGGUUAUGAAGCAGAAGCUGUUUGUAGUCACUGUAAACCAAAGGAGGCAACGUUGUAUCAACAGGAAUUGGGACAUCACAGAAUGUUAGAAAAUCGUUUUUCGGAACUUUUUACCGAGUGCCAGAGAUGCCAGGGAUCUUUGCAUGAGGAGAUUUUGUGCACAAGUCGUGACUGUCCAAUUUUUUAUAUACGGAAGAAGGUUCAAAUGGAAUUGGAUGCAAGCAAAGGGAAAAUUUCGAGAUUUGGUGAUCCUAUUAUGGAGGAAUGGUGAUGUUUUUUUUACAUGAUUUUGUAUUGUUAGGUUGAACGCCUUUUACUUUAAAUUUAUGCUUUUAUAAUAAAAAAGUUUCAAUUA